ACCAGUUCAGCAGUGCAGCUGAAAAGAACAGACCAAUUGGUCAAUACACUUUCAUCUCUAUUGAAGAUUAAUGGUGGUGUGAGCGACGAAGGUAGACGUUUUCUUGCGUGAACUUCGUCGAAAACAUUGUAUCUGCAAAAAUGAGCAAACCAAUGAAUCUGUUGAUAAAUGGUGGUUUUAGGAAAUGGUGCUACAAUAUCAGCGGAUUUAACAAAUACGGUUUGAUGAGAGAUGAUGUCCGUUAUGAGAAUCCUGAUGUCCAAGAAGCACUAAAGCGCCUUCCUAAACAUCUUCUAGAUGAACGUAACUUUCGUAUUGUCAGGGCUAUGCAGUUGGAUGCUUGCAGGAAAAUCUUACCUGAAGAGCAAUGGACUAAAUUUGAGGAUGAUGUGAUGUACCUCAAGCCAUACAUCGAGGAGGUGGAAAAAGAGCGUAAAGAAAGGGAAGAAUGGGAUACAUCGUAGAAUAUAACCCAGCUCAAUCAUCAAUAUAGGAUAUUAUAAGAAAUUUACUCUAAUGCACAGUUAAUCCUGGCGUGAUACAGAGAGCUGGCCUGUGUAUAGAUAUAUAUAUAUAUAACAAAUGUGGA